AUGGCCACUGCUUUCGUAACCUCGACCCAUAGUGGGAAAGUCACUGGUGCCAUUGAAACUGACCGUGUAAUUGCUUUGAUAGAAGAUAUGGAAGCGGAUCUACCUCCCUCCCGUGAUCUUGGACGGUUCUCAACAACCCAGUUCGAUGAGACUGCCAUCAAUCUCAUGGUCGCAGGUAGUCUACGAAGCCAACCAUGCAUUGAGGAGUACCCAUCUCUAGCAGACUUCCGAGAAAAGUGUGUCUCUAUCCUCGCCAAUCUUUGGAAUGCUCCAAGUGGCUUCUUCGGUGCCGCAACGACAGGGUCAUCCGAAGCCGUUCUUCUUGGUGGUCUUGCGAUGAAACGACAGUGGCAGCUUAAGCCUCCUGCUUGCCUGAACUCUCCUCCUAAUAUCAUCAUUGGUGCGAAUGCACAUAUUUGCGUCAACAAAUUUGCGGAUUACUUCGAUGUCGAGGCAAGAAUUAUACAUGUCAGUGAGAAAAGUGGAUAUGCAUUUGAUGUGGAGGCCUUGGGAGACCACUUGGAUGGGAAUACAAUUGGGGUCUUCUUGACUCUGGGGUGUCUACCUACACUGGACAUUAUGAUCCAGUCCAACACGUUGCAAACGUGCUGGAUGAGUACGAGCUUCGCACAGGAAACAAUCUCCCCAUCCACGGACUUCCGUCUUCCUCGAGUCCGGUCCAUCAAUGUCUCAGGGCACAAGUUCGGCAUGGCACCUCUCGCGGUAGGAUGGAUAGUCUGGCGUGAAAAUUCACAGAUUCCACAAGGCCUCCUCCUUGAAUCUUCUUAUCUUCGGGGAACUUUGAGCAAUUUCUCUUUGAGUUUCUCGAGAUCUGGGGCACCCGUCGCUGCUCAAUAUUAUUAUAACUUCCUUCGGUUGGGGCUUGCUGGGUACCAGGAUAGGACUCGGAGCUUGCUCGAUCGGGCUGGUCGUUUCAGUGUCCUACUGGAACAUACGGGGCAUUUCCUCUGCUUAAGUGAUGCUCACCGGCAGCAGACUUCAGGUGCUUGCCAGACGCUUUGUCGUGGGCAUGAUCAACCUGCUACUCCUGUGCUUCCGAUUGUGGUGUUUAAACUUACUGAUCGUGUUCGACGACAGUAUCCUAAGCUGCAGCUAUCGGACGUAAGUGAUGCCAUGCUUGACUUGAAGGUUUCCAUUCCGAAUUACACUUUUCGGGGCUGGGGAGCUAAUGGGGAAGAUUACGAGGCCAUGCGAAUAGUGCUUCGCGAUGAAAUGACGACUGAGCUUAUGGAGGAGGUGUUGGCAGGCAUCACUCAGGCAGUUGAAAGGCUUAUGGAUCAGGUAUCCAUGGGGUAG